UUGUUGCCGUCUGGAUUUCAAUCACUCACGUGCACACGUGAUAGAACAUGCUUUCUCUCAACUUUACCAGAAAAAACCCAUCACUCUCUCAUUAGUCCGAAGUCCAAAUUCAACGUUACCUGAGAUGGCUACUAUCGCCUCCGCCGUCACCACCGCCAUCGGCGCCAUUUCUGUCAGAAAAUCCAUCUCCGAAAGCCUUCUAUUCUCCAAAUCCAUGAUGUUUUUCGAUAUCACUAGAACCGCCGCUUCUACCUUCAAAACAAUGACUGCUCUCAAGUCCUCCGCCUCGAAUCUCUCUCCCAUCGAAAGUACCACCUCCAAAGCCAGUACCAUCGGCACCAAGAAGACCCUCAAAUCCCGCCUGAACGAUGGCGAGACCUUAUACGGCCUAUUCCUUCUCUCCUUCUCCCCGACCCUCGCCGAGAUCGCCGGUCUAUCUGGCUACGAUUUCGUCGUCGUAGACAUGGAACACGGUCCCGGCGGCAUCACCGACGCGCUCCACUGCCUCCGGGCCCUCGCCGCCGUCAAUACCCCUGCGAUCCUCCGCCUACCCGAGAGCGAUCCAACUUGGGCCAAGAAGGCCCUGGAUCUGGGCCCACAGGGCCUAAUGUUUCCAAUGAUCGAAAGCCCAAAAGAAGCCAAGAAGGCCGUCUCCUACUGCCGGUUCCCGCCCAAUGGAAUCCGUGGCUCGGCCCAUACCGUCGUCAGGGCCUCCAGUUACGGGAUUGACGAGGGCUAUCUUAGUAAUUACGAGGAGGAGCUGUUGAUCAUGUGCCAGGUGGAGUCCGUGGAGGGUGUGAAGAAAUCAGCGGAGAUCGCCGGCGUAGAUGGGGUGGACUGCGUACAAAUGGGACCUUUGGAUUUGAGUGCGAGUAUGGGGUACUUGUGGGACCCAGGGCACAAGAAGGUUAGGGGUAUGUUGAGGGAAGCUGAGAAGGCUGUGUUAGGGUCCAACCCUGGUGGUGGUGGUGGAGCGUACUUGUGUGGAUUCGCUAUGCCUCAUGAUGGGCCGGAGGAUCUUAGGACACGUGGAUAUCGCAUGGUUUCUGGUGCCGUUGAUGUGGGGUUGUUUCGGAGCGCUGCUGUGAUGGAUGUGGCGAGAUUUAAGACGAGCUUGAAGGAGGAGGGCUCAGAUGAUGACAGGCAUGAUCUUGAGGAUGGUGAUGAGAAGUACUGGAGUGAAUGAGUAAGCCUUUUGUUUUUUUGUUUUUCCUUUUGUUUUAAUGUUUAUCAGCGAAAUGGGUUUAGAUUUAUCUUCAUGGAUGAGCAGUCCAGAUCAGAUACCUACCUGCAGAGUCACAGAUGAGUUGUUUCCACAUUUUGGCUCAGUAUCAAAUUCAAAUAGUUAUCCUCCUCCUUUUGGGUGAUCUUAGGGUAACAAAUCAGCUUAAAUUCGUACCCUUAGCAUAUCAGCAUAGCCAAAUAAUAUAAUUAUAUCUUAUGUUUAGAGAUUCUGAAA